CAAUUCCAUUUAGUCGUUCGUCGCAUUUCAUAGCGUUCACUACCCCGCUAACGGAAUUCUAAACAGAACUGCUGCAGCUAAUUUAUUCGACGACAAAAUGGGAAAACUUGUUCUAUACGGCUUAGAUCCCAGCCCACCGGUACGUGCUUGUUUACUCACAUUGAAAGCUUUGAAUUUACCCUAUGAAUAUAAAGUGGUUAAUUUGAUGGCUAAGGAACAUUUGUCGGAGGAAUAUUUGAAAAAGAAUCCCCAACAUACCGUACCCACACUGGAAGAUGAUGGACACUUCAUUUGGGAUUCACAUGCCAUUAUCGCGUAUUUAGUUAGCAAAUAUGGCAAAGAUGAUUCGUUGUAUCCAAAGGAUUUGCUUAAACGAGCCGUUGUUGAUCAACGCAUGUAUUUCGAAGCUGGUGUCCUAUUCCAAGGCGGUCUACGCAACAUUACAGCUCCUUUGUUGUUCAGAAAUCAAACACAAAUUUCUCAACAUCAAAUUGAUGCCAUUGUAGAGAGUUAUGGUUUCCUGGAAUCAUUCCUUAAGGACCACAAAUACAUGGCUGGUGAUCAUUUGACCAUUGCCGACUUGAGUAUCGUAACAACGGUAACUUCAUUGGUGGCUUUUGCUGAAAUCGAUGCAUCCAAAUUCCCAAAACUGAGUGCUUGGCUGAAAAGUAUGGAAACAUUACCAUACUAUGAAGAGGCCAAUGGAGCAGGUGCUAAGCAAUUAGUGGCAAUGGUGAAAUCCAAAAAUUUUACAAUUGUACCUUAAAUAGCAUGAAGUGAAAUAAAUUAGGAAAAAUAAAAAAGUAAAUGUAAAAUUAAAAAGAAAACAAUAUUUUAUUAUACUUUGUGAGACGCAGGAAAA